AUGGAUUCAAGCGCAAGUUUUGGAUCGAGCGUUUCACAUGUCUCCUCUCAUACCCUGUAUCCUUUUCUUUGUUCUGGACCAACUCUCUGUCGCUCAUUUGUUGUGGAUCCCUGAUCUGCGUGGCAAUUGCAUUUGGAGAUGUCUCAUCUUGCUUAUGCAGUGUUUGCGCUGCUCACCUGUUUGUCUUUGUUUAGACUGAUACCACUUUGCUCUUGUUUCUCUCAUUUUGAUACCAAUUUUUUGCUUUGUUCUGUUCUGGUACGGUUUGGUCGCUGCGGUCGUAAUGUGGCCUGGUUGGUUUAUCGCGAAUACCCUGAUACCCUGCGUACAGCCUUAUUAGAGUUGUACAUAAGCGGCCAAUAGGGCACACUACGACGUAAUAAUUCCUAAUCGAAGUCGUUCCCUGAACU